AAUCUCACCGACGCGUAGUUUUCCCAGACUAGAGCAUAUAUGUUUAGGAGUGUAAUUAUGAUGUUAGUUUUACAGCUGCUGAUCUGAACAGGCAGUUUGAGUGUGUUUAAUCUCCAGAAAGUGUGUGAUAAGCUGAGAGAAUGAGCAGCGGAACUCCCUACAUCGGCAGUAAGAUCAGCCUGAUCUCUAAAGCGCAGAUUCGCUAUGAGGGAAUAUUAUACACCAUCGACACCGAUAACUCCACUGUGGCCCUGGCGAAAGUGAGGUCUUUCGGGACCGAGGGCCGUCCCACAGAUCGCCCUGUCCCGGCGAGAGAUGAGAUCUUCGAGUAUAUAAUCUUCAGAGGGAGCGAUAUCAAGGAUAUUACAGUCUGUGAGCCUCUGAAGGUCCACCACGGCCUGCCUCAAGACCCUGCUAUUGUCCAGUCUUCUGUCGGGACGUCCUCCGUCCACUACCCGUCCCAGAGCAGCUACAGCCCGUACAGAGGAGUCCUGCCUGCAUACAACCAGCUGGCGGCCAGCUCUCUGUUCAGCCAGCAGUACGCCGCAGCGCUGGGUUUGGGUCUGCAUGGUGUUUCUGGUAGGAGAGGCCCGAUGGUGGAGCAGGCGGUGCAGACUGUGCCGGCAGAGAAGACGCAGCAGCAGCAGCAGCAGAAGAAGAGUCUGGGUGGAGGACAGCAGGGUGGAGCGCAGAGAGGAGCCAGAGCACAGAGAGGAGAUAGUUCAUCUGCACAGCAAGCAGUCUUAAAGGGCCAGAGUCCAGCUAAUAAUGAGAACAAGCCUCCAACCAGCAGAAGAAAACCAGGAACCCGCCGGUCCAGGAACCGUGGUCAGGGGCAGCUUCUCGUAGGCAGCACCAAACCCUCCACCCUGCAGUUCGAGGCGGACUUCGACUUCGAAACGGCGAAUGCUCAGUUUAACAAGGAUGACCUGGAGAAAGAGAUCGAAGACCAGAACAGCGUUCAAGAGCCCAGAUCUCCUCCAGAGGAGCACAGUGCGGUGGAGCAGCAGAAACAGGACUCUGAACAUGAGAGCGCCGCUGAAGACGAUCCUCUCGGCCCGAAGUGCUUCUACAAUAAAGCCAAGAGCUUCUUCGACAACAUCUCCUCUGAGCUCCGCUCCAGGCGAACCACGUGGGCGGAGGAGCGCAAGCUGAAUGUGGAGACGUUUGGUGUUCCCGGCCGCUAUCUGAGAGCUGGAGGAUUUCGGGGAUUUGGUGGCCGGCGGGGCAGAGGAGCAGCACAGCGCACGCUCACACACAGAGCAGGCAGCGCACGAGUGUGAAACACACACCAUGAAUCUCCUGCUCUGAUCUUCAUCUCGUUUUCUAAACUCCUGGUUCCUCGUCCUGCUCCAGCACUCCUGGAAGAGAAGGCCAUGCUGUUUCUCGUUUUAUUGUUGAUGGCCUUCAUCCUUAUUUUUGAUUAAUGUGAAGAAGCCCCGCUACAUGAACUCGCACUUUAGCCUAUCGGCGGAUGUUUUGAAUUGGGGUGGCACUUUUAUUUCUAUUUAUGGCCGACGUGAUUCGGCUUAACUGAAAAAAAGAAAUCUACAUUUAGAUGGAGCAGAUGCCUCCGCUCUGGUCUGUGAUCCCCAAUGCUUUCUUUUUAGUUUGGUUUGGUUUGGUUUUUGUUUGGUGUAAAUAUAAAAGGGGUCUUGUGCUUUAUAGUGAUUGUUAAUAAACCCAAGAAUGGAAAUCCUGA